AUGCUGUACGAGGCCGAUGUCAAGUCGGAAGUCGAAGACUACUCCAUUCUGGAUUUGAAUCCAGCCAUCGACUACAAGAAUUGUUCAUGGGUGAAAACAGCAGGCCUUCUUUUCUCCGAGUACAUUUGUUUGGCCAUCAUGUCAUUCCCAUGGUCGUACUCGGUCUUGGGGUUUGUGCCUGGGCUCAUAUUAACUGCCUUCAUUUCGCUCACAGUUCUUUAUACUGGACUUAUCAUCACAGACUAUUGUAUUGCAAACCCCCACGUCACCAGUGUUUGCGAUAUUGGCCAAAAGCUUUUCUGGAACUCCAGAAUCGUGUGGUAUCUUACUGCAGCCUGUUUCUUAUGCAAUAACACUUUGAUCCAAGCAUUGCACGUGCUUGUGGGUGCAAAAUACUUCAACACCAUUUCCGACAAUUACGACACCUCGGGCGGACAGAAGGUAUGUUCUAUUGUUUUCGCUGUGGUUUCUAUGAUCAUCUGCUUCAUAAUCUCGUUGCCCAGAACAUUUCUGCACAUGUCUAGUGUGGGGUAUUUUUCUGCUGGAACCAUGUUCAUUGCCGUCAUCUUAGCCAUGGUUUUCGCCGGAAUUCAGGACCACCCUUACGGAUACACAGGAGAUCCUGUGAAGUAUCAUUUGUGGCCCCAGAAAGGAACCACCUAUGUUCAAGGCAUGAGUGCAUUGUUGAAUAUCGUGUACACAUUUGUUGGGCAAAUCACGUAUCCAUCGUUCAUUAGUCAAAUGAAGAAGCCACGGGAUUUCAAAAAGGCUCUUUACAUCGUGACGUUGGCAGAAUUAAUUGUCUUCGCCUUGACCGGUUCUAUUGUCUAUGUUUACGUCGGUAACGAGUAUAUGGUGGCUCCAGCUUUUGGCUCUCUCACAGGGAAUUACAAGAAAAUUGCCUUUUCGUUUGCCUUACCAACAAUUGUCUUCUUGGGCGGCUUAUACUCCAACGUGUCUAGUCAGUUCCUCUUUUUGAAGAUUUUCAGUGAGAAAUCGGUGAACAGAACUCAGCACACAUUGCUUGGAUGGGCCACCUGGAUCGGGUUGAACUUGGGUUUGUGGGUAAUAGCCUUUAUUGUGGCAGAGGUGAUUCCAUUCUUUUCAGACUUGCUCUCGUUGAUGUCCUCGUUGUUCGACUGCUGGUUCGGUUUCGUUUUUUGGGGCGCAGCGUAUUUCAAACUUAAGCUGGCCAAGACACCCAACUUCCGCUUCUGGCCUCACUUCAAGCAAGCACCGCUCUUUGAAAAAUUAGAGAUGCUAACUAAUGUCGCUUUGAUCCUAAUUGGCUUCUACAUUUUUGGCCCCGGUACUUAUGCCACGGUGGACUCGAUCAUCUUGUCCUAUCAAUCGGGCUUGUACGGAAAGCCGUUCACGUGUACAAGUAACGCCAUCUAG